AAAUCUUAAUUACAAUUUAACAGCGGAAGUUGAUGUUUUAUCUUAUUUCUGGUUUAAUUUAAUUUAAUUUCUCUAUUUCCAGUGUUACCAUAUCUUCAUUUAAAGUCUCAUUCGUUUAAUUGUGAACAGUAUUCGGGUGAUUUGCUGUUAUUUUAUUUCUCUUUUUUGUUCACUUUUCUCUUCACCUCUCUGUUUCUGUUUGUGUUAUUGCAGAAUUUACAAUAUUGUCUUAUUGAUUUUGUUGUUUAUUGAAUUUUUGACUUUUAUUCAUUAAUUAAAAUGGAACAAAUAACAGGUGAUGAAGCAUUUGUUACCCUUUCCACAAAUGACAAUUACUGCCUUGGUGCUCUAGUCUUGGCUCAUUCUCUGAGAAACGUUGGUACUACAAGAAAAUUGGUUAUUCUCGUUACCCCAUCAGUCAGCUCAGAUAUGAGAAAAUGUUUAUCCAAAGCCUAUGACCUUGUCCAGGAAGUUGAUGUUAUGCACAGUAAUGAACAUAAAAUACUCGAAGUUAUGAAACGACCAGAAUUAGGAGUUACCUUAACCAAACUUCAUUGUUGGCGAUUAACACAAUUUAAAAAGUGUAUCUUUAUGGAUGCUGACACCUUAACCUUAAAAAAUAUUGAUGAGCUUUUCCAAAAAGAAGAAUUAUCCGCUGUUUGUGAUAUCGGUUGGCCUGAUUGUUUUAAUACAGGUCUUUUCGUCUUUAGACCAAGUGAGCAAACCUUUGCCAAUCUGUGUGCACUUGCUUCCGAAAGUGGUUCAUUUGAUGGCGGCGAUCAAGGAUUAUUGAAUACCUAUUUCUCUGAUUGGUCUACCAGUGAUAUUUCAAGACAUCUCUCAUUCAUUUAUAACAUGAGUUCAGUUUCAACUUACUCUUAUCCUGCUGCAUACCAGAGAUUUGGUGAUACCGUUAAAGUUGUCCAUUUCCUUGGUGCUCUCAAACCUUGGAUGUAUGGUUUCAAUGCAAUGACCAGGAAAGUUAUACCACCCGCAAUUGGAUCACAGACACAACAAUUGGAACACGUUCAAAAAUGGUGGGACGUUUUCAUCAACCAAGUUCAACCUUAUCUGUCUUCCGACUGUGCUGGUAUAUUCACUAAAUUUGGUAAAUCUACUUCACAUGAGUCGCAACAUUUAACCAAUCAAGAUAAUAAUGAUUUGCAUGUUAAUGAUGAUAAUGAUAAAGAUGAUAACACCUCAAUCCAAAGGGAUAAUACUAUUAUUCUAAUUAAAGAAUCGGAGUCUGGUUUGGCUUCGCAAUUAGCUAAAUUACGUCUUGAUUCACCAACUGAUAGUCAUUAUCCUGGAAUCAUUGGAAACUCUGCUCACCUUGAUGAUUACAGUCGUAAACGAGCCUGGGAAGCUGGUUCAGUUGAUUACUUGGGUGUUGAUUCAUUUGAAAACAUUCAAAAGAAACUUGAUCAAGCCAUUGGUGAAAAUCCUUACUUUUUACCAUCUGAAGAAUCAUUUGAAGGAACCAGUGAUGAUCAACCAGCUUCAUCAUCACAACAACAGCAACAACAAUUACAACCCACCGAGGAAAUACCUUCAUCAUCAGCAACAGAACAACAAUCAACUGAAUAAACCUGAAGAAGGAAAAUUACUAAAUACUUCUCUUCCUUCCCACUCAUCACUCGGACAUCAUCAAUGUUAUAUCUUUUUUCCUACUUCUAUCAUAGAUUAUCUUCUCCACUUCCACCCUACCCACCUUCUUAUAAGAACCUCACUCCCUCCUCGAUAUACUAUUAUUAUAUACAUAUUUUAACUUCCAUUCUAAGAAAUUGAAUCGAAAAGUGCCUAAAACAAUCAGCCAAACAAACUGAAAAAUUCUGAAUCUUACCAGUUCUAAUUAGUCAUUUUCUUUCUUAAUCGACAAGACUCAAUUUGAUUGUUUUCUUGUUUAUUAAUCAUUACUUUUCCUCUUACAAUUGCCAAUCUUCAGCCUUCACUUUACCUUUUUUCCCCUGAAAAUCAUUACACAUCGAAAAUUUAUCUCAACCCUUUGGAUACAUGAAAUGAUUCAAGCUUUGCCAUUAAUCUUUAUUGAAAUUAGAUUUAAUUGUUUUUACAUAAGCACUUAAUCAAUUGUUAAAUUUUUCUUUGUUCUUAACACAAUGUUGUUUUUUUCUGCCAAUUCCUUUGCCCUUUUCUUUGCUCUCUCUCUCUCUCUCUCUCUCUCUCUCUCUCUCUCUCUCUCUUUUCUUGUCUUUUUCUCACUCGCUCUAUCCUCACCUUAUACCAUUCAGAGGAUUAAAUUGAUUAGAAAUUGUGAUAAUCAAUAAUCUUAAUUAUGGAAAAGUCAUUAUUUAUGAAUCAAUGAAAAUAUUUAUUGUAUCAGAAGGCAAUAUUAAGGAAACAAUCAACUAAUCAAAAGGAUUAAUAUUAAUAGUUAAUCUUAAAUCUUUAUCCAGCUGAUACAAGAUUAAGAAAAUCUAAAUUGUUACUAUUCAUUUGUUGACAAAAUCUUUAAUUGUAUCAUCUAAUUGUGAUUGUGAAAAGCCAAUAACAACAAUUUAUAUAAAUAUCUAUGUAAUAAUAAUAAUAAUAAUAAUUAAUACAAAUGUUAUUAAAAUGAUGCAAUGGCCAAAAAAUAUAAUUUGUUGAUCUGAAGUGUGAGAGUGAUAACAUUUUUGUAACUAAUCAAAUCAACAAUUAACUCGCUAAUCAAUAAACUUAGAUUUUAUGCUCUCAA